AUGGAGGUCCCAACACCAGACACUCAGGAAUGGGAUCUGCAGUUUCCCGAGACCGACGAGCUGCAAAAGCUACUUCAUAGGGCGGGAUCAUCCACACCGUUGACACUGAUGGAUGACGCCGGGGGUCAUGCCGAUACCGGUCUCGAAUUACUGCAGAACAUGUGCUUACCUCCAGUCAAUGAAGCUCAAGAGUCCGGAUCACCGGGCCAAGAUAAGCCCCUCCAUGCGAUGGAGGAAGACGGACUACUGUCAUGUCCAGAUUCGAGCCCGGAACGGGGUCCUAACUCGAUACUUCAUUUGGCCGUCCAGUCUCGGCGACCGGCGUCCGUUACACUACUUUUGCGUUACGGGUUCGAUAUUGAUGCCAGGAACACCCAAGGCCGGACGCCCUUACUAAUCGCGAUCGAGAACGAUGACCAUGAGACCGUGAAGACGCUUCUUGCGCACGGCGCCGACCCAAAUACGGCGUCCCAAAGGCCGAACUUCGAGGAAGAAUCCAGACGAAAGGCGAACAAAACCACACAUAAGAUCUCAAAGAUUAAGAUGAAAUUUACCUUGGGCAUCCUAUUCUUGGCCCUGGGCUAUGCCCACUAUGUCUUCGACAGUCUCGUCCUGCAUGGACAACCGACUACGCAAUGGGGAUACGUCCGCAUCACCGAAAACCACUAUAGUAACGCUCCAGUCGUCGACGUAACUUCGCCCGAGAUCCGAUGCUAUCAAGCCACAGACGACGGCUCAUCCACCGAAAUCGCCAACGUCACAGCCGGAGACACCGUUGGCUUCACUUCAAGCCCGGCCGCAUAUCAUCCAGGUCCCCUGAGCUUCUACAUGGCCAAAGCUCCCGAUGGUGUGUCCGCUGCCGAAUUUAACGGCACGGGAAACGUCUGGUUCAAAAUCUCUCAGGAUAAGCCCGCCAUUACUGCGUCCAGUAUCACAUGGCCAAACACUGGUGAGGAAUAA